UCAGAGACACAAAAACAUGAUUUUACUUGCUGUUGUUUACUCCCACGUUCCAUGCUACUUUCACAUUAAAGAGCAUUAAGAGUAUACGCUUCGACUCGAUUGAAAAUUUCAAUUUGAAAUGAAAAAGUUCUUGUUAUUCUCUAUUUUGCGUGGCCCCACCAAUUGUAACGUAAGUUUUUUAGAGAGAAAGUCGACAUCGCCAUGGCGCAUCCAGUGGCAAAGGAGUCACAACGCCAUCAAUUCAACUCCCCCACCAGGCGGAGGGAAGAAAUUGAGCCAGGAGGAGUUGGAGGAGAGACAGAAACUACUUAUGGCUAAAAACUUGCCGAAACGAAAACCAAUUCCGGGGGUUAAGAAAGUGGUCCUGGUCGCUUCUGGAAAGGGGGGUGUGGGAAAGUCGACAGUGGCUGUUAAUUUAGCCGUUGCUUUGAAAUUGUUGUACCCUACCAAAGAUAUCUCUUUGCUGGAUGCAGAUGUGUUUGGUCCAUCUCUACCAAGAAUGAUGAAUUUGUCAGGAGAACCGUAUCUUACUAAAGAUAAUCGAAUGAUCCCACUGCAAAAUCAUGGAGUAAAAUGCAUGUCAAUGGGAUUUUUGGUCAAGGAAUCCGCUCCCGUUGUUUGGAGAGGGUUGAUGGUGAUGUCAGCAAUUGAAAAACUCGUCCGUGGCGUUGAUUGGGGACCCUCGGAUAUCCUUAUUGUUGAUAUGCCCCCAGGAACAGGAGAUACACAACUAUCUUUCGCUCAAACAGUAGAAGUUGAUGGUGCCGUAAUUGUCACAACUUCCCAGCAAGUAGCAAUGCAAGAUGCAAUUAAAGGAGUUGAAAUGUUUAAAAAGACCAAUAUUCCCGUAUUGGGUUAUGUUUCCAAUAUGUCGGCAUUUGUAUGUCCUUCCUGUGGAACGAAAACUCCAAUAAGUAGCAAAGCCAAAUCCUUCUUCGCACAAACAGGGGUAGAAAAGUUGGGUGAAAUUCCAUUCAAUAUUGAAAUUGGCGAUUGCUCUGACGAAGGGAACCCUUUGGUCGUUUCACAACCUGACUCAUCUAAUGCCGCUGAAUUUCGAAGAGUAGCUGAACAAAUUAUCAAAAAGCUGGCCAUUAUUAAACAAUAGGUUGGACUGCAUGUUUUUAGGUUGAAGUGAAAUAAUCAUAGUACAUUUUUGUAAGAAAAUGACAAUAAAAUAACGUUUUAAUAUUA